GGGUAAGAUAAUUUUAUAGGACGACUUUAAAUGAAAAGUGAGAAGAAUAUUAUGAAACGGAGAGUAUAAUCUAUCUUGUUUUUUUUUUUUUUUUUUUUUUUACUUAGGAUCUACAAACCGUUUUUCACUUGACCUAUCAACCAACACUGUCCCCUCUUUUCGUCUUUCUCUCUCUCUCUUCCUCUUAAUCUAAGCAAACCCCACAACCAUCAAACUCAUGAUGAUGAAGAUCACUGCCACUAUAUGAUACCUGCCUACAUAUACAUAAAUACACCUUUCUCUUUCUCUAUAAAAGUCUUUGUAUUUCUGUACAUCACCCUACUUGGAGAAAUAUUCACUCUGGUCCUCUCCCUUUCAAAGGGAUUUUCAUUGUGGGAUCAGUGAGUUUUUCCAAAGCCGAGAUCGAGUAGCUCACGAAUUAUUCGAUUUGAGCUGCUGAGCCUAGCUAGCUUAGCUAUGAGGAAGCCUGCUGAUCCCGCGGCCAAGGGCAAUAAUACUAAUGGAAAUGGUGGCGGUGGUGGUAAUGUUAAUGGCGGUAUCAAGCUUAGAAAGGGUUUAUGGUCACCUGAAGAAGAUGAUAAACUUGUUAACUAUAUGCUUACUAAUGGACAGGGUUGUUGGAGUGAUGUGGCUAGGAAUGCUGGCUUGCAAAGGUGUGGUAAGAGCUGCCGCCUUCGCUGGAUUAAUUACCUCAGGCCUGACCUUAAACGUGGCGCUUUCUCCCCUCAAGAAGAAGAGCUCAUCAUCCAUUUGCAUUCCCUCCUUGGCAAUAGAUGGUCCCAAAUCGCGGCUCGCUUGCCAGGACGAACAGACAACGAGAUAAAGAAUUUUUGGAACUCAACUGUGAAGAAAAGGAUGAAGAGUUCAUCAACCUCCUCAUCACCUAAUGCUAGUGAUUCAUCGUUGUCGACGGAGCCGAGAGAUGGGAUGGUGGGAGGAUUCAUGGCUAUGCAGGAUCCUUGCAGCAUUAUGGCCAUGUAUGUGAGCAACAACUCCGCCUCACCAACAUCAUCAUCCAUGCAAACCAUGGUUCCUCUAAGUCAUCAUCAUCAUCAUGGUAUUAUGGAUCAUCCUUUGCCCAACAUGGUAAAUCAUAGCAAUAAUAAUACUACUAAUAGUCUUGACAUGUCUUCAUGUGGUAAUGGGUACAUGGAUGGAUCAUCUUGCAUGAGCAUGGCACCCAUGCAUCAUGGCAUGGGUAAUGGUGAUGAUCAUGGUAUGAUGUGUGGUAGUUAUGGGAUGCUUGGAAGUCACAACUAUAAUUAUGGGUUAUUACAAGGGGAGCUUUCUAUUCCUUCUUUGGAAACAAUAAGCAUUGAAGAAAAUACUCAAGUUUCCGAAAAUAUUGUUUUUGGUAGAAACACUACUAUUAGCAACAACAAUAAUCAUUUUGACAACAACAACAGCAAUAAUCAUUUUGAUCAUAACCACCACAUAAUUAGCGGCACAAACAAUACUACUCCUCUAAACAACUCCAUUACUAGUAGUGGUGCUAAGAAAUUCGAGGCGACCGUGGUUCCGGGAGUUGGAAUCAAUUGGGAAGGAAGAGACGAUUCGAGUUUGGGAGAAUGGGAUUUAGAGGAACUAAUGAGGGAUGUUUCAUCCUUCCCCUUCAUUGAUUACCAAGUGGAAUAACAACCCUCUUCUUUUUCAUCCUUUCCUAUUAUUUCUCUUUUCUUUUUAAAAACUAUUCCAAGUCAAUUUCAUUUCCUCUUGAAAAUUUUACAACAAUUAAGCCUCAUAUAUAAACGGAUCAGGAUUCUCUCCACUAACUGGACGAAUUGGAUUGUCGGCCAGUUCGUGCUCUUGUAAUUAGGCCAUUGAGGGGCAAAGCUUGUCACAAGCUCCAUAAUUAAUAAGAUCACCUACAAUUCUACAAAAAGGUUAUAGUUAGACAUAGAUUACAAUAUACUUGAUAUAUAUACUCUGUAACUAAGGGGCAUAUAUGGUGUUUCUAUUUUUAUUUUUAUUUUACCAUUCUUGAUCAAACUAUAUGUAAGUUACCAAUAAAUGUUUCAUGUAAUUGUGAAGGAGAUAUGUGAAUAGUCAUAAAGCUAUACAGAAACUUAAAGCUUUUAGGGUAGUUGGUAGGAACCCUAGUCAUGUAAGAAUAUCAUUUGUACAAAAAUUCAAAGUAUAUUAUAUGCUUUAAUUUGUUGAGGCUGAAAUUAAGUUUGUUAUUAGUGGGCUGCAUGUUGAUUGUAAUACACAUUGAUGUGAAUGAAGACUCUCUAUUUCUCUC